AUGCUGCCCGUACGAUCUUGCAGACCCAUCGGUCUCUCAAAUACACUCGGACUACCAACGGAACCUGCCAUCACUGUCGACGCAGAGCCCUCCAACCAUGCGAGCACCCAGAUAAGCGAAGGUGUUCACGAGGCUAUGCUUCCUACUCUGGUAACGCCGCGGUUGGCGGGACCUAGCGGCAAACGUAUUCGAUAUGCGGUCCUCGAGUGGAACCCGCUGCUGGAUAGUUCCAAUAUUGAAGCCGAAGAUUGGAUACGCAUCGCGACUGAGAUUGAACUGAACUACUCUGCCUUUGACGCCUUUGUUGUGCUACAUGGGACUGAUACCAUGGCCUACACUUCUUCCGCGCUUAGCUUCAUCCUUGAGGACUUGGGGAAGACAGUUAUCGUUACAGGCGCCCAGAUUCCCCUGGCUAUGCUACGAAACGAUGCGAUUGACAACCUCCUGGGCGCUCUUUGCAUCGCCGGUCACUACAUCAUCCCGGAGGUAUGCCUGUUCUUCGACAGCCAGCUCUUUCGAGGGAACAGAGUGUCGAAGAUGUCUUCUCACGACCUAAACGCCUUCGCAAGCCCGAACUUCCCGCCACUCGUCGAAGUCGGCAUUGACAUCACCGUCAACUGGAACGACGUGAUCAGGCAGACGAGUCUGAAGCGCUUCAGAGUACACAGAGACAUGGAGGCUCAAGUCGCGACUCUACGUUUGUUCCCCGGUAUAACGGCGGCUACUUUCAAGGCUUUUCUCGCUCCUCCUGUUCGGGGCGUCAUCCUCGAGACCUUUGGAGCGGGUAACGCGCCUCAGCGUCCCGAGCUCAUGCACGCUCUGCAUGAGGCGUGUAACCGGGGGGUCGUAGUCGUGUCGAUCAGCCAGUGCGCUAAGGGUGCCGUGUCCAGUGCAUAUGCAACCGGACAGAGUCUCAUCAACGCCGGUGUUGUGCCAGGAGGUGAUAUGACACCCGAGUGCGCGCUCGCGAAGCUCAGCUAUCUCCUGUCCAAACCUGAGCUCUCCGUCUUAGAGGUCAGAACGCUGAUGGGUACACCACUCCGGGGCGAACUAUCCCACCCAUCCAAAGCCCCGCGCACUAUGACGAACGACGACAACUUAGACAACAUCGGCGGCGUACUCUCGCGCGUCGUACAGCUCAGCAUGCCGUCGACUGCAAGAGCCCAACAGAACACUUCUCUAGACGAUAUACAGCCUGACGCCGAAGGCUCUGCGGCGCCAUGGACCGCCACAGCAUCCGAAGUCGCCACAACGGAGGGCGCGCUGCUUUGCUUCCUCGUCCACCUCGCCGCGGCCAAAGAUGAUGUCGCUAGCCUUGACUACUGUCUCGGUGCGGAGAGCGACGCGAACUCGUCACAAAACCAGCAGUACCGCAAUGUCGCCGGUGGUAUGGUGAACUGGGUCAAUCCCGCAUCUGGACAGUCGCCGCUACAGGUUGCUGCUAUCAAUGGGAGCCUGAAGUGCGUGAAGAGGCUACUCCAAGCUGGCGCUCUGGUUCAUCUGCGCGAUAUCAUGGGCCAUACGGCGCUGUUCUACGCGGCACGCCAGAACCACGAGGAGAUCGUAUCGGUGCUACUCAGUGCCGGUGCCAACCUGGGAGGCGCUGAUGAAGGCGUUGCUCUCUCCUUGCUGCACUCCGCGGUCGCAGUGGGAGAUGAGAUUGCCGUUGCACUGUGGGAACAGGUCGGCGUCAAGGUACCAGCGACGCCGUGA